AUGGCUUCCAUACUCUGUUAUAUAACGCUUUUGUUGUUCACUGUUGCCUUAAGUGAGGAGUGUCCGUGUCUACCCCCACCACUACCGGAAGACUGGGAGGGAGACGUUUAUGAGUACUGGAACAAGUUUCGUUUAUGCGCCGCAGACUACACUAUCAAAGCCAAAAUUUUGAAGAGGUCCCAACCAAAGAUAUCCGAUGAAGACGACCCUCUGUCGGUUGGCACAGUGGUCUACAUAAUUAAAGUUUUGAGAACCUUUAAAGGAACGUUUGAUGAAAAAGAAAUUGUUGAACUCAAAACCCCAACCGAUGGAAUUGAAGAUUUCUGUAAGGUGAAGCUUAACGUCAAAGAAACUUAUCUCCUGACGGGUAAAAAAGGCGAAGGUCAGCUGGAAAUCUGGCAGUGUGACUGGCACGAGCUUUGGAAAGAUGAUACGAGGAAAAAAAUCCGCGAAGCCCAGAAGAAAUGUUGA